AAUCAUCAUUAGUAGCUAACUUCCUUUGAUAUUUCGUCAUUUCUUUCAAAGAAAUCUUUGUACAGUGUUUUUUUUUUAGUGCGAAAUAAGUUUUUUUCUGGUGAAAUAAAGGAAUCCAGUUCCAAUCGCCUUUAGUCUAUUGUAAAACAUUUAUUCCAAAAAAUGAGUAAAAGUAGUGAACCACCACCAUAUGGUUUCGUGCCGCCACCAUCAGCUCCACCCAGUUACAGUCAGGCAGUUGGCGGUGUGCCACCAACGAGCCCGUUCCAACCUCAACAUCAAUUCGGUCCCACACGAAUUGUAACCACAGUUGUGCCUAUUGGACCGCAUCCAACGCACAUGAUAUGUCCGAGUUGUCAUGCUGAAGUAGACACGAACACCCGAACGGAACCCGGUGUGAUUGCCUAUGUUUCCGGUUUUGUUAUUGCUAUGCUAGGAUGUUGGUUAGGAUGCUGUUUGAUUCCAUGUUGUAUUGACGAAUGUAUGGACGUUCAUCAUACAUGUCCCAAUUGCAAGGCAUAUCUGGGACGACAUCGACGAUAGAAAUGCGAACAAAAAUUGAAUUGAAUUCCAUCAUCAAAAAACCUGUCCUCUCAAACGCAUGUCCUCAACAAAAUAACGGAAAAAAAAAUUAUCGCAUCCCAUAUGCGAUUGCCUAAACUAAACAAAAAACAAAAAUAAUUUGCUUUUAAACAGGAAAAACGUAAUCUCUAUGAUGGCUGGUGGUAUAUUAUUGAAGAAUCGGUCUGAUGAAAUUUAUUAAUUUUUAUUUUGGUUUCGAAUUGAUGUGAAAAACUAGUGUUGUGUUCUAAACUAAAAACAAAUUGAUCUAACUAAGUACCCGUAAGGCAGAAAAGAAACUCUUUCGUUUGUGUAUACAUGUUCGGUGUUAUUACAUAACAAAUGUAGUUACAGUGAAGCACAUUAUUGAAGGAUCUUCGAUCAUAUUCCAUGUCAAUUGAAGUAGGAAAUUGAUUCCAAGACAAUGAUUGAUAGAGAGAGGCCAGAGAGGUCCAAGAAUGUAACUUUGAAUGCAAUAAAAAUAUGUUCAAAUUUGAAGAUUCAAGCUUUCAUCUCUAUACACAGUGUUUCUGAUGAUUUUUCAAGCGACGCUGUAAUGAAAUUCUUCGAUCUGAUUCUACCAUUCUCGUUAAGGUAUUGGUUCGCUUUGAUGUGCUUUCAAUUUUACUUAUCCAAUGUUAGACUGGAAGCUUAACGCAAAUGCUAAGAUUUCGUGUGUAACACUUGUUAGCCACUUUAAUCCGUACACUAACACAUUUUAAAACUGGUUUUGCCACCCAAAACCCAACUCUAACGAUCUGUAAAAUGUAAUUUCACUCGGUUUCGAAAUGGGAAAAAUACAUACCGUUCUCAUGUCCUUGUCCAUUUUAUAUGUCCGAUGUUCAUUGAAUAACGUCUUCGAUAUAAAAAGUCCUAAAACUUGCCAUAAAUUUCGAAAGGAAUUAAGAAAGUAAGUGAAUUACAACUUAAUGGUCUCAAUGUAGACAACACGAUAAUCCGUAGGGUGUGGACUAUUAUUCGUAGCGAGUGUCUGGUGUUUUAUUGAGACUCUAUUUAGAAGAGACUAAAUUUUUCUUCCGACAUGUGAAACCACAUAUUCAAAACAUGGAAAUUAUCGUUAGUGAAAUAUUGUAACAUCUUUGUAAAUUUUCAAUCGGAUGCUUGCUUUUGCAAACCACACAUCACUUUUAGGUAAAUGUAAAUGCUAUUGAAAUGUGAAUAGCCAACUUUCCAAAUUAAUUUAUUUUCUUUGAUUAAUUUAAUCUCUACCACUUAUGCCUGAAGUUUACAAUUGAAAAACGACAAACAACAAAUAUUUUUAGAAACGAAAACUUACAAACAAAUUGGAAUUUAUUAUUUUUAUAUUUAACAGCAUUAAGAUUGCAUGUUGUGCCUUCUUUUAUUUAUUUAAAAA